AUAAACCCCAAUACAAAUUGGCGGAGCAACAGCACUAGGGUUUUUGGGUUCCCAUCGUCACUUUCCGAUCAACAACUUUCAGAGCAAUCAAAAUGUUUCCAGGCAUGUUUAUGAAGAAGCCCGACAAGAAGGAGGCCUUGAAGCAGCUCAAGGUCCACGUCGGCUUGUUCGGGGCUUGGGUAGUCGCGAUCCGAGUCACUCCUUACCUUCUUCACGCUCUUUAUGGCGAGAAGGAGGAGCUCAAGCUCGCGAUUUGAUCCGCUUCCUCGUUCUUACUGUGAGUGCAGUGCGAGUAUGGGAGUAGAGGAACUGACUUCAGAGGAAGAUGAAUUGUUCAGAACUUCAACUUAGUUUCUUUUUGACUUUUUGUCCUGGAAAAUUUAUGAGACCAGUAUUAGGUUAUGUUGCUAUAGCUUUUCAUAUUAUGGGAGAUACUUGUUUAUUGUAUGAUGUUUAAUAUACUUUUGGCUUGGUCAACUUUAAUGCAAGGGUGACAUACAAUUUAUAUG